AUGUUUGAAGCAUUAUUCAAGAAAAAGAAGGUGACUCCAAAUAAUGAAUUGAGUGGAUUACCUGCUACAAGUUUAGGGCUUUCCUCCGGUGCAAGAUACAUCAAUGGAUUGGAUUCUGCUAAAGAGGAAUAUACAACUUGGGAUUUAUUUGUGGUUCAUGUUUUAAGAGUAAUGUUAAAUUUUACAAUAUUUGCAUAUAUGAGAUUAUUAUAUGUGCAUUCAUUAAUUGUAAAUACCUGGGAAUUAGUGCAAAUUGUUUAUUUUGAUUUAAGAUAUAAGUUUGCUUCUCAUGAAACUGAUCCUACAAAACGAUAUGUCCAAACCAUCAUUGACGAAAGUAUUUUCUACUGGGAAAUGUUGUGGUAUAUUCCUGUUGUUAUUUGGAAAGUAUUCAACCCAAGGACUGGGACUCCAGUGGGAUUAGCUAAAUGUAUGGAAUAUAUCCCAAAAAUUAACAAUCCAAAAUCAAUAGCAUUAAUAUUGCAACUCAACCCGCCGAUGUUGGUUCCUCCUCCAGAAAUUCCACAACCAUAUUUAGAUGCCGAUAGGAAAAUAAGAAUUCCAGAAAAGAAAGAAGUUCAAUAUGUGAUUGCUAUUAGAAAUGAAUAUUUUACACAAUGUAAAACCCAUAUUGCUGCAGAAAGAGUAAGGUUAUUGCGUGAAAUGGGUCGCUUCAUAACUUGGUGUUGUUUAGUACCAAGUAUUAUUGAGGUUACCAUAUUUGAAAAACUGGGUGCAUGUUGGGAUGGUGAUAGUAAUUUUAUUGACUCCAUAAAGAAUGCAAUUUUAGUAGAAUUAGUUGCACUUGCCAAUACAUUUGAUCCGGAUGAGUUGAAACUGUUUAAGAAAAUCCUACCUCAGAUCGCUUUACUUGACAAAUAUUCUAAGGUCACAUAUAUUGUUAAUGAUGGAGAAGCUGAGUUGCAAAAUGAAGGACCUGAUAUUACUGUUGAUGAUAUUUUGAGUUCAUAUGGUGAUCAAAGGAAGCUACUCGUGAAUUUAUGUGAUCAUAGAGUUAGAUCAGUGAACUACCCUAAAUUAGUUGAACAUAUUGUUCAAGAGGACUUGCAACCAAAUGAUCGUAUUUUCAAUGAAGAAUUCCCUCCGUCUUCUGAUCUUGUGAUUGCACCAGCUAACCAUGGCCAUUAUAUAAGUAAAUGCAGCGGGUUUGCAUGUGUUGAUUCUGAUAUUAAGAAAAAAAUCAAAUCGAUAGUAUAUUUUUCACACAUUAAAUUUGGCUACCCGUUCUUCUCACGUUCAAUGUACCAUUAUGCAUUGGAAUUCCCUUUUAGAUUAGGAGAUAAUUUUGAUGAUGAUGAGGAGGAAUAUGUAAAUGAUGGAACUGCAAGACCAAGAGAUCAGUCAACUGCCGAUACUGUUCCACCAUCUGAAGAAAUGAUGAAUGUUUUCAAAAGAAUAAGUACUUCUUCACUUCGACCAUCAUCUGGGUUUAGUAGUAGAAUUUCACGUAUUCCAAGUCCAAGAUCAAUGAUUGCUAAAAGUUUAUCAUAA